AUGACCGUGCCUAAUGCAAAAGCAAGACCUACAGUUCUUACUUGGAAUGACUUUGUGGAUGCAUUCCGUAUGAAAUAUGUCCCUCCUUUCUAUUGUGAUGCAAAGAAGAAGGAGUUUCUGGAUCUAGAGCAAAGGAGUAUGUCUAUUGCAGAGUAUCAACAAAAGUUUCUCAGGCUUUCUCGUUAUGCUGGAGGUAAUAUCUCUGACGAAAAAGAUAAAUGCAGGAGAUUUGAAUAUGGGUUGAAUGACUCCAUCCGAAAAUCUAUGGCGGUCCUACAACAUGAUAAUUUUGACAAACUAGUUUCAGCUGCUCUUACUUGGGAAAGAAUCGACAAGGAAGAAGCUAGUAGAAAUGAGAACAAGUCCAAAAAAGCUAAUUCAGAUCAUGGAGCCAUUGUGUUUGCUUUGAAAAUUUGGAGGCAUUACUUGUAUGGAGAAAAGUGUCAUAUAUUUACUGAUCACCAGAGCUUGAAAUACUUAGGUACACAAAAGGAAUUAAACUUGGGACAACGUAGGUGGCUUGAACUCAUCAAAGAUUAUGAUUGCAUGAUUGGCUAUCAUCCGGGUAAGGCCAAUGUGGUUGCAGAUGCUUUAAGUCGCAAAUCUUUUGCAAGUUUAUCUCUAAGUCCAUUGCCUUUGUUUCCUGAAUUAAGAGCCAUGAACGCUUGUCUUGCAUUUAAUUCUGAUGGUUCAAUUUUUGCUAGUUUGCAAGCCAAACCAAUCCGUGAAAUUAGUCAAAGAGGUUCAAGAUGGGAAACAGCUUGA